AUGGUCGGUGCUUGCGCACGGUGUUUGGUGCUGCAAAGCCUUGCAGCCCUGGCUGCUGUGGGCGCCGAGCGGAUAAGCAAGUACUGCGUUGUAGGCGCUGGACCUGCAGGUAUCCAGUUGGGGCACUUUUUGAAGAAUGCCAGUUUGGAUUACGUCACCUUCGAGCGUCAGCCGCAGGCGGCCGCAUGGUUUCGGAAGUUCCCGAUUCAUCGGAAGCUGAUCUCGAUCAACCGUCGCAACACGCGGUCUACGAACGCAGAGUUCAAUCUUCGACAUGACUGGAACAGCCUUCUGGAUGUGCCCAUCCCGCGCUUCACCAACUGGACGGAAGACUAUUUUCCUUCUGCCGAUGUCCUGGCAGAUUACCUCCAGGCCGCGGCGGAUCUACAGGGCGAGUCGAUCCUGUACAAUCACUCUGUCCAAAGGAUCCGGCGGUCCCAUUUAGCCGCGAGCACGGGCCAGUCGAGCCUGUUCGAGGUAUCCGUGCAAGCCCCCACUGGCUUGCUGAUUUGGAAGUGUGCAGUGGUCAUUGCGGCCGUGGGCCUGUGGCAGGCACAUGUGCCCGAGAACUGGAUACGUGGCAUGGAGCAUACCAUCGGCUACGAGGAGUUAGCACCCUGGCCUGGUGCCGCCGCCUUCGACCGGCUCUCGGUGCUCAUACUGGGCAACGGGAAUGGAGCCUUCGAAACCAGCGACGCCGUCCGGAACUUCGCUGCAGCUCGGGUGAAAGAUGCUCCCACCAUAUGCCACCGCUACAUUCACAUGGCAUUCGGAUUCAGCAUAUUGGCCGAGAUGCUUCCGCCCACAUACUGGAGGGAUUCAGGACGUGGAGACGCCAAUUGUUGGAAUUUGAGGCCAAUAGAGCUUACCGGAGGUCGCUAUAUUCUGCAUCCAUCAACCGGCUUGCAAAGCGUGACCGAGACAUGGUAUCCCUUGCUCCCCUGGCAGCAGCGUCCUGAGCAGGGCAAAGAAGCAGGAAGGCCAGGCCUUCCCCCAGCCUGCUCGCGUUUGCUCACGGAUCGCCGCACGACCUUGGCGGAGGAGAACGCCUUCGACACCGAGCUGCAAGGCUUCCGGGGCCGGCCGCCCGUCUGUGCAUUGCCGGACAACAGCAAGAAGGAGUUUUUGCUGGCAGAUCACGAUCCGGAGAACCCAGCAGUGCAGGAGGCGCUUGCCAGAUGGGCGGAGCACAUUCAUGUACGCAAUGGCAGUGCCGUGUACAGGUCGCACUUCAAGAAGGCUCUGAAGCAGCUCGGCAAACAGGCAAAGCAUGCCGUCCCCGGCAUUGACGACGUGAUCGCCGGGCGCACCCAGGUGCUGACCAUCAACAAAUCUGUUGCGAGGCGCCUUGCCAAGGAGUCCGCUGAGUUUCGCUCGGCGCUGCCGGCACUGAUGGCGAGCACACAGGGCCUCUAUGUGGAGCACGACCGCUUUCGGAAGCCCUUCGACGUCGUCAUCCGGGCCUUGGGCUGGAGGAUGGAGCCGGAGCCCUUCCAGGAGCUGAAUGUGCAACUGGAUGCCGACAGGAAGUACCCGGAAGUGGAUGCCUGCUUUGAGUCGACAGAGCCCGGCCUGUACUUUGCAGGCACUGUUACACACGGCUUCGACAAGAAGCGGUUCGGCAGUGCGGGUGGCUUCAUCCACGGCUUCCGCUACACAGCGAAGACGCUGUUUCGCUGCCUGAUGCACCAGUUCGAAGGAAGGCCUUUCUGGCAUGAUAGCCAACACCACUACGACUGGCCUGGCACGGGUGCCGAAGCCACUGCUUGUGAGGUCGGUCAAGAGCCGGCAGCUACAGGGACCAAGAGCAUCCAGCGGCUCCGCAGGAGCCUGGAGACGACUCCGCACUGGAAUCGGCUGCUCACGCGGCUCAACGAAGCAUCCGGGCCCUACCAGAUGUCCUGCGGGGCCCUGGUGGAUGGGCUGGUCUACGAUCGGCAGCAGCUGCGGGUCACGUACUACCAGGACAUCCCCAUGGACCUGUUUGAGGCGGAGUUCCGGCAAUACCCUCGCCUGUACUUCCAGUUCCGCUACGGCAAAAGCAGCUACCUGCAACGGUCAGACUUUUUGCGAACCCGGCUGGUGGCGCACAAGUCGUCCUUCCUCCAUCCGGUGCUCUUCUAUUUGCAACUCGGCUCGGCGGCUGGAGGCAGCCCAUAUAUAAUAUAA